AUGGACUCUGGUGAUACUGACGACGUAAAUUAUUGGCGUGAAAAAGCAGAAGAAUAUAAGAGAUUAUGGGAAGAAGAAAAGGAGGAAUUUAGAGAAUUUCAGUGCAAUUCAAAGGAACUUGAGACUGAACUUGAAACGCAGUUGGAAAUGCUGGAAAAGAACAAUGCCGAAUUACAGGCCAAGGUUGAACGUCUUUCUCUUGAAGUUGAUACCGACAAGGAGAAGCACGAUGUUUUCGUUAGCAAAUUGAAUAGGCAGGUUACGAACCUCCAGGACGAAGUUAACACCCUUAAAUCCGAGGUGCUUCAGCAAAAGCAAUACAUUCGCCAAUUGGAACAGGUUAACGACGAUCUUGAACGGUCAAAUCGCAAUGCUUUGGCGUCUGUGGAGGACAUCGAGGAUCGUCUCAAUCAAGUCCUUGAGAAGAAUGCUCUUCUUGAGGUGGAACUUUACGAGAAGGAGGAACUCGAUGUUCGUGUACAGAGAUUAAAAGAUGAAGUUAGGGGUGAGGUGAUCAUAUUUCCUAUCAGCCCUUUGUUUAUCUUGAUUUUUCUCGUGAAAUUGCCGAAGUUUUGGUGGAAAUUCUUUUAA